AACAUGAGUUCAUCUCCUUAAAAUCCUAUAAUUUUCAUUAAAUUUCAAAUAAUUAACAACACACACCGAGCAUUAACGUUAAUUAGUAACGCCUUCCAAAAGCUUAAUUAAUAAAGAUCUUCGAACAUUUAAUUUUAUUUACUAAUUUGAUAAUCAUGCGUCUGCUUGAGUUUCUGCUAAGGAUUUCUUUUUCUACAAUUUAUUAAGUUUCGCAUCUCUAUUUCUAGAGUUUUUACGUUUUACAAUGUAACAGAUUCCAUAAAAGUCCGUUACAUUGACGAUGCUUUUAUAUUGCGGCAUAAUGAUAUACGCUUCACUAAUGUACUGACGUACUUUAUUUAAUUAUACUCCUAUUCAACUUUCCGUCGAGAUAAAAUCGUAAUAAUGUCGACGUAACAACGUCACUUAAAUUAAUCAUGGUUACUAAAUCCCACUUUAUCUGAGGUUUUAUUACGGCUAUUAUGUAAAGUUGAAAAAGUAAACGUUCUCUGAUUUUCUCGGUGCACAGCUUAUAAUAAGAUUUGUAACUACUUAGAUUGUUAGAUUGCCGUAAGUAAAAGUCUAUAAAGUCUUUAUGCCGAAAUUUUCACCUUGAUGCUCGACCCUUAUAUUAUACAUUGUGUUAGAUAAGAAAUCGACGACGUUGCACAAUGAAAAGUUGCUCUUAUCUUCAUUAUCGGUGUGUAUAAUAAGAAUCCUGCUUAAAUUUAUACCACGAGAAAGUUGAGGCGACGAACUUUUAGUUCAAAGUACCGCGGCUUUCAUAAUUUAUAAGAAGAAAUUUACUCGAAAAUCUUGAUAACGUUAUCAUGUUACGCCGCGAAGAAUCCAUGUCACGAUUUGCUUGGUAUACGCUUCGUGAUAAGAGGGCCGCUUAAACUUAAUCGCCCGCAAGCCGAUCACCACAGCCGCCAGCUAAAUCGUUGAUUCUACCGAUUUCGCUAACGGAAAAUCCGUUAUGCCCGAUAGCGUUCGCCGCUCGAUAGCGUUCGUCGUUAUCACGAAAUCCCUGCGUUAUACCCGUAAGAAUGAUAAUCGCGUAUAAGGACGAGAAUUAUGUGUCGCCCGCGGCAGAAGAGAGUGCCGUUUUCACCGUUUUCGCGCAUUAACCCGCUGCUCUCGCAUCCGGCGGAAUCUGGUGUCGAUUGGCGCGGAUUAAUUACAGCGCGUGUCCUGCGGAACGGGGGUACCGUUCGCCCGGUCGGUCCGCCUGUUUGCCGUAUCCUGCUCGCCACUCGCCACGACGACCUCCACCACCGCCGACCGCCACCACCGUCACCGCCACCACUUGCAGGGGGGUUGGCUGCGCUCGUUGUGAAUCCACGGGGUGGGGGUUAGCGUCAGCGGCAGCAGUGGGUGUUCGUGCAGGUGCAGGUACGCGGUACCCCCCACGACCAUCGCCGCCGUCACCACCACACCAGCACCAGCACCAGCAGUAGCGACCACUAACACCAUCACCAUUUCCGCGACCGUCCCUUGCCACCCCCCCCCCCCCCCCGCCCUCGUUCUCUCACCGCGUUCUCGCGCGUGUAUGUGCCUCGAGGCCCCAGCGUUUACCUGUAUACGUAUACGUACGCGGGUCUACGUCGACGAAGAUUCCGUGCGGCCGGCGGGGUUCUCCGGCUCGGGGUGGUUCGAUACGCGCGCGCGCGCACGGUACCGAUGGGGGUUCGGUGCCGACAGUGCCGCCACAGCUCUCGGAAGAGACGCCCGUGAUUUUGCACCCCCGCUCGAGCAGAAUUUACCGGACUAUACGACGAGGGUGCACCACGGCUCUCUCUCUCUUUUUCUCUCUCUCUUUUCUCUUUCUUUCUUUCCCCCUAUCUCUGUCCUUCUAUCUUUCUCUCGCUCGAUCCUUCCCUCUUCUCUCGAACGUCUUCUCUCUUCACCGCGGACUGUCCCUCUUUAUCGCUUCCGGCUUUUCUCUUCGCGUCUUCACCGUCGAUGUGUACCCCUCGCCCGGCCGUUAUCAUUCGUGUCGCGACGACCGCCGUACCUCGCCGGAUGACGAGUGACGAGUGAGUGCUGACCGUGGGGGAUACCGCGGAGUCGACCGCGUUUGGUCUCGCCGCCGUUCCCGACGCCUCGUGGUGGUGGGUGCUGGUGAUGAUAGUGGUACGCUGAUACGAGCCGACCACGCUGUUCUGCGAGAGCGCGAUUGUGUGUGGGCGGACGCGCCUUCCCUCCCAGUUCGGCCGGUGUACACGAACAGCUUAACUAAUCGCGUCCUGGCCGCUUAGUCGCCGACCGUUUGCCCUCGGGGUCCUCCUCGCGCGAUCCCGCCGGUACGCGAACGAACGUUGAGAGGAUCGGGGUGAUCGACUGGCCAGACGACGACGUCUCGUGUGUUUCCGACGUGCACUCGUAUUCAAAUUUCACCCUCGCGCGAAACGGAAGUAAAAACGAGAACCCGCGAACGACCAGGAAUAAGAACCCAUCAGGGACGCGUUUCCGCGCUUCCGAACUGUUGAUCAAGCCAUCGAUCGAGGGACCGCGAUCGAUUCGCAGGACGCUCUCGUCCACGACAUACGACACGCUGGCAAUAUACGAUUUACAUGACGGUUUACGUGCCACAGUGACGUAGUUGAUGAUCGAUGACGGCGCGAGUCGCGAGGGCUCACGUGGUCGACUUUCACUCGCUACCACACGCAUAUAUUUACGAUUAAAUUCACCCGGACUGUCGGCGAAACGGCUCGGAGAGCUCCGCGGGCUGGUCGAUCGCUUAUAGCAGGUAGUACCAUGACACUCGGCAGCCGUCGACAUUCGGAGUGAGCUAUGUGCAGGCACGGACUCCUUGACCUCUUAAAGUCGCGACACGACACGAGGAGUAUACCACGCGAGUAUGUGUAAACCGCUCUCGACGAUGCGGCGAGGGUAGAGGCUCGUUGAGCGACGGUAUAACUUGAGGGGGCUGAUCCGAUCGAACCUUCUCUGUGAUUUCGAGAGGCUCGAAAGACACCGUCGAAUCCGUGCCUUGCACGCGCUUUAUCGUCGUGAUCUGUCAAGACACGCAAUGACACGCGUCGUUGUUUUCAAGCGGAAUCACUAGAAACUUCAAAGUGCAGGAAACAGCAGGUUGCGAGCAGGUCAAGAAGUCCCCGCCGUCAUCCAUCACACGCGAACGCUCUCCGGCGUUCUUCCGCUAUUGGUCGUCAAUAAUAAAUGUAUCGGAUAUUGCCUACUUAUCUGUAAUCUUAGCAAGUCACCCUAAGCUAAGAUACCGGAAAAAUAAACCAUCGCGUAGUGUGGAGUUUUGCAGCACAGUGCAUCGAUAUAUGAAUCUACGAAGCUGCUAUCUUUUAUAUUGUGAACUUCCAACCUUGCGGCUCGCGUGAUUCUACACGUUUGAAAAAAAAAAACACGAUUUCUGUAUUCAAAAAAAUAUUUCACGAGUGUUAAUUGACGAAGGUGUAAUCGAACGUGAAGUACAGUUUGAAAAAAAUGUCUCACGCGAGCUUUCGUUGGCGUUGCGGCAGAAGUUGAGCCAGCGCUCCGAAAUAGCCCAGAUGCAAUCGCAGUGAUCGAAGCGUCGUACAAAUCGACGAGAUAAGUAAAGACAAAUCGGCAGCCCGGAAGCGUUGGUUGGCACGAUAUAUCGCGUAAUCCCUUGCGUUUCAAAAUCCUGCUGGUUGGUCAAUCAAUAACAGCGUGGUGGAUAUCGAUCGGCAGCAAUAGAGCACCGAAGGCGAUCUAGCGAUAGCAUGAGGCCGACGAAAGUGGUACAGGAUCGAAAGGGAUGAUCGAGCAAAGGUCCCAAUGACAUCUCGGCGGGGCGGGAGCGAGGGGUAUAAAAGUCCUCCCAGCCCUCCGAGCAGCGGUUCGGAGGACAAUGGCUUCACGAACCGACCCCGGGUGGCCGGGCUCUACGUGAAGAACUUGAGCAGAGAGGAGUUGGAUGAGUUGGCCAAGGAGGGAAUUUACGGGCCCACCGGGAAUCCGAACGACCGACCGAGAGACGGCGGUAGUCAGAGGAGCCUCGAUAUUCCGGGAAGCAGCAGGGACUCGGACGAUUACCUCAGAGGAGCGACUUCCAGAACACCCCAGCCAUUCAGAAGAUCCGGCGUCGCAGGCAGAUAUCGAGAAUCUGCCGGAUUAUCGGAUUUAGCACGGAGGGAACAUCAUGGCUCGCUCCCGAUGGAAAGAGGUUGGUCGAGGCGACCGGAGGAUCGUCCUGUGCAGGCUUCGCCGGAGAGGUCGUCUGCCCGUGGGUCCUCCGAGUUUCCUGCCGGCUCGAGAGAAUCGUUCGUACGAACUAGCGUAAGUGCAUCGCCCAGAGGAAGUUCCGUCGACGUGCGGAUUGCCGGCGAGGAUUCCAGGGUAGCGGCUGGGCCGCGCCGUUUCGGGGAAGUUCCGAGACGCCCCGAAGCACCCUCGCCCCGCAUCUCUUCGUCGACGGGACCCAGCGGGGACCAGGGGCAAUCGCCGCCACCGUACUCGGGUCUAAGUCCGCCUAAGUAUACCGAGUACGAGGAGCCGAGUACGCGGCCAUCGAAGAUUUGCCCCAAGACUGCGACGAGAGUCUACCAAGUCGAUGACGAAGAACGUCCAAGUUCGUCGCCGUACGAACGUCCGAGCUCGCCGUUGUCGGAAGAGAGCAAGGAGUAUCCGCAAGCGGUCGCUAAAUCGUCGGAUACGCGCGCUGACGUCGACGUCGACAAGGCGGAUGGAGUCACGAGUCCGUCGGGGACGGAAAAGCUGACCUCACCGGAGUCCAAGAAGAGCGAAUCCCCGCCGAUGAAGAGAGUUGGUUCCAGAACGCAGGACAGCACGAGACUGCGGCCACCGUUGGCCGGAACCGCCGGUACCUCCGCCGAUUCCGGCACCGGCGAUUCCGGAAGCGCGGAGAUUCAGGCGGACGUCGUGACGCCGCAGGCCGCGUCGGGCGACGUUCCCGACACCAGAGAAUCCAAGCUCGAGGGCAGGUCGUCCGGUGCGAGAACCCCCGGCAGCAAGGGCGGCAAGCAAACGGUCAAGCCGUUCACGAAGGAAAGCAGAUUGGAGAACAAGAGUGUGCAAUUAGUGCGCGAAUAUGGUUUUCAACCGAAGAGAAAGAUGUCGGUGGAGGAUGGCGCGCGCCUGCCAAACAAAUUCGAACCGUUCCCGAACGAUCUCUAUGGCAGGCCAUUGGAAGAGAUCGACAAUUUCAUCUACGACGAG